GACUUCUACUUCUACCUUCGCGCCAGUGUUUACAUUUGAUCUGCUUGCAUGCGUCUGCAUCAGGAGGGUAAUUCAUUGUGUAAUUUCAUUUCGAAAACUAUUGAUAAAAUAAUAUCGUUAUUCUACAUAAAUGACAUAAUUUUUGUCUGUUAAAAAAAAGUGAAAAUUGAAGUACUGCGGAAGCAAACUUUUAAUGUUCUCAAACGCGUUUUAGAUAAUUUAUAUUAGUGAACCCCCUCCCCCCCAAAAAAUGGAUGGUUCCCCAGAUAGUUCUGAUAAUCCUCCUGUGAAAAGACUUCGUUUUGAUGAAGAUGUUCUUCAUUCAGAUAGUUCAAACUCUAAAGCUGACAUGAAUAUUUCAAAUACUGAUGAUACUCCAAAAAAUUCCUUUACUUCAAAUCAAACUGAAGAUGAUGAUUAUGAUGAAGAUUCUGCUAUUGAGGACAAUGAUCAAAAUGCUUCGUGUUCGAUUAUGUUACCGGCUCCUCCAAGCAAUGUAACUGCUGACGAAAAGGAUCCAUCAUCUCCUGUUCAUCUUGAUAUUGACAGUGAUGAUACAAACUUGCCCGGAGACGCUCAGCAGAUUAAAACUAAGGAACAAAUGGAAGAAGAGGAACGUGAGAGAAUGCAAGUUUUAGUUUCGAAUUUUUCAGAGGACCAGUUAAACCGGUAUGAAAUGUACCGCAGAUCAGCAUUUCCAAAAGCUGCAAUUAAACGUUUAAUGCAAUCAAUUACUGGUAGUUCAGUUUCACAAAAUGUUGUAAUUGCCGUUUCUGGAAUAGCUAAAGUUGGUGAAGUUGUAGAAGAAGCAUUAGAUGUUGCUGAAAGUAAUGGUGAAACUGGUCCAUUGCAACCAAAGCAUCUUCGUGAAGCAGUGAGACGACUGAGAAUGAGAAAUUCUAUACCUUGUAGCCGUCCAAAAACUAGCAUGUUUUUCCGCUGAAUAUUAUUAUAUAUCAUUAAAUCAAGUGAACUGAUUACUCAGUAAUAGUAUGAAGGAUUAAUUUUUCCAAAUGAUAUCAGUGUAAAUAGCAUAUAUUUCAUAGCACAAGAAUUAUGCAUAAUAGUUUUUUAAACUUUCUGUAAAUAUUAAAAAUUAUGCUAUAUCAUUUGAGUUGAUUUUACAUUAAUAUUAUUUACUUUCAUUUUAUCUGACAAUAUAAAGUUUCUGAGAGAAUCAUGCCAUCAUCUAGCUUGUAAAAUGAUAAUUGAUAUUGAGAGAAAUAUUGCGGGUUUUUUCCCCUUAAUGCCAUAUAUCAAGUGAAAAGAGAAUAAGCCUUUGGGAAAUUUGAGGUUAACUGUAUUGUUAUCUAAAAUUUGUAUCCUUUGUUAUUUCACAGUUAUAUGAGUGUAAAAUUUUGAUGAAUCAUCCACCAGUGUUGACAGAUAAAAAUGCAUUUGUAACUUC